AUGACCGCUGCCGUCCUCAAGAUGAACCAGGACCAGCCCUCUUCACGCAUGUCCGUCUCGGGCAGCCGCAGGAGUAUCCUUGCUGGCAUCGGUGCUGACAUCUCCAAGUACAGCGGCAGCAACGGCGCUGCCAACGGUGACAACGCUUCUGUCAACGGCGAUGCAUCCAGCUUCAACCAGCACCCCAUUCCUGUCUCCAACACCGAUGCGCUCCUUCGCAGGCGUGGCAGUUCCGUCGAGCCCGUCAGCCCCAAGUCCAGUGUCAAGGGACGUUCUCAGCGAAGCACUUCCAUGGCUUCUCGCAGUCAAGGAUCAAACGACGACGGCUACCUUGCCCCUGCUAUUCCCGGCGCUGGAACAGGCACAUUCGGUCGAUCCAGAACUUUCUCCGCUGCCAGCCUCGGCCUCAAGAAGAGCAACUCCAACAUGUCCCAGAGCGAUGCUCGCUCCAUCGACUCGCGUAAGGGCUCGUCUGGCAACAGCUUUGUCAACCUGAUGCGCAACCGCAGCCGCAACUCGUCUUCCACCAACCUCACCGUGCCCGACCAAGCAGACUCUUCCUACGUCGAGAAAAGCUCUGACAGCAGGAUGCGACGCUUUAGCACGGCAUCGCGUAAGAUGAGCCUCAAAGGACUCGGAACCCGCUCCAGCUCCAACUCGAUUAGCAACGGCUUCUACGACGAGCCUCAGCAGCUGUCGCCGGAGACUUCCCAACCUGCUGUCUAUCCCGCCGGUGCGCCCGUCGAGGGCUACAAGCCUGUCGCUGUGGCAAACGUCAACGGCGUCAACUCGGGCCGAAGCAGGAAAUUCAGCAGAUCCGCAAGUUCUAGCGCUGUUCCGCGCGUUUCCACGGACCAAGCCAAUGGCAAUGGCAACCGCGAAAGCUCGCCCGUCAGCCCGGCUGCAGACCCAUACGCAAAGGCGGACGGUCUGUUGGCUCGUGCCAACUCCAGAAGGUCCACGAGCACUUCGCAACCUCGCGCCUCGACGCAGAACCGCUCGCGUGGGGCGUCCGCCCCUCCCGCUACCGAGACUACCGCUGACACCUCGGCCAGCAAGAAGGGCUUCUUCUCUUCCACCACCGCCAAGGUCACCGGGGCAGCCGGUGCUGGUGGUGCGGCAUUCGCGGGCCUGGCUCGUAGAAAGUCGUCCCGCAGCGUCCAGGAGGACGAGGCCAAUGGCAAGCCCAAUGGUAUGGCUGCCGCUCACUCGGACCAGGAGAGCAGCGAGAGCGAGGAGGAAGAGUCGUCGGAAGAGGAGCAGGCGCCACCCAAACGCAACGCUCAGCCCAUCAAGGGUCGCAACGGCGCCGCUGCUGCUGCCGCUGGCUCCAGCGAGGACGACGACAGCGAGUCCGAGGAGGACAGCGAAUCUUCUGAGGAAGAGUCCUCGGAAGAGGAGCAGGCACCAGCCAAACGCAAUGCUCGGCCCGUCAAGGGCCGUGGCGGUGCCGCUGCUGCUGUCGUUGCUUCCAGUGACGACGAGGGCAGCGACGACAGCUCGGACGACGAUUUCCAGGACGCUCCCCUCGCUGACAUCUCCGAAGGCGAGGAAGACGAGGAGGACGAUCAUGACCACCGAGGCGCCAAGGCUGGUGCCGCUGGUGCGGUCGGUGCUGUUGUCGGUGCUGGUGCGGCGGCCAGCCACCGUCGCAAGAAGUCUGGCUCUGCCGGUCGAAACGUGCCCAACGGCGAUGCUGGCCGGUCUAGCUACAAGCCAAAGGGUACCGCUGGCGCUACUCGUCGUGCCGGGCCGCCUACGGACACUUCCGCUCCCGGUCAGGCCUCUACCUCGUCCAACGACACGCGUGCUCGCUCCGACCUCACCCAAUCCGUCAAGGACAAGGCCGCCCGUGUGGCCAAGCUCACCGCCGCCGACGUGGCCUGCGACUCCAAGCAGCUGCACGAGGACAUUCAGAUGGCCCACAAGGCACUCAACCUCUUCCUCAACUCGCGCAUGAUCGAAGCCGAGCGCAUCGUCGAGGAGUAUGCCGACAGCCGUCUCUACUACGCACUCGGUUACGCGCUCAUCGCCACCAUCAAGGGCUUCAUGACGUUCGAGCCCGCGGAUCUGGCCAUCGCCAUCUCGCUGUGCAAGGACGCCAUGACCAUCGCUCACUUGAUGAGGAAGCCGACCAGCGCCGUCGGCAACUUUGGCCGCUUCGUUAGGGGUACCGGCCAGAGUCCGAGCGCGCUCGCAGGCAUGAACGAGGUGCAGCGACACGCCGAGCUGGUUUACGCCGAGACCAUGCUUCUGAAGGCGGUGUUGGGUAUCGCGUACGCCGGUGACUUCUUCGCCUUUGUCUCGGAGGCGCUCAACAUGAGGAACGCCUACGGCAUCUACAGGUCGCUCCAGAAAUACGUCGAGUGGACCGAGGAGAAGAACGAGUCGCUCGACGAGGACUUCAAGAGCGGUGUCUACCUGGGCAACGGUUUGAUCAGUAUGAUCUUGGGUCUCGUGCCCGGCAAGGUGCUCAAGAUCAUGGAGGUGUUCGGCUACACCGGUGACACGGCCUGGGCCAUGAAGACGCUCAGCAAGGCGGGCCAGUGGAGCGACAACCCCAAGCAGACCAAGCCAGGCAUGCCUCUCAAGCAGGAAGGCGUGCGUCGUGCCGUCUGCGACAUGUCGAUGCUCGCUUACCACUUGGUCAUCUCGACCUUCAUUCCCGUCACUGGUGUCGACAUCGAAUUCGCCGACAAGAUCCUGCACUACAACCUCAAGCGAUUCCCCGAAGGUGUCUUCUUCCUCUACUUCUCGGGCCGACUCUACUCGACGCAGGCGCUGGCGGAGAAGGCCAUCACGCAGUUCGAGACGGCGCGGGACGUCCAGAAGGAGUACGUGCAGCUCAAGCACAUUUGCGUGUGGGACCUCUCGCUCUGCAACAUGUCGCUCUGCAAAUGGAAGGAGGCGCACGACCAGUUCACCAUCCUCGCCGAGGAGAACAACUGGUCCAAGGCGGUGUACAACUACGGCCGUGCGUCCAACCUGUACGAGUCUGCCGAGGGUCGCGACAAGCGGGCGAUGGAAGAGGCCGGAAAGAUCUUCCACAAGGUCCCCUCGUUGACACAGAAGAUUGCGGGCAAGUCGAUCCCCAUGGAGAAAUUCGUGGCUCGCAAGUCGAAGAAGUUUGCCACCUACGGCCGACUCUUGCUGCCCGGUCUCGAAUUCGCCUAUGUCUACCACUGCCUGUCCAACGCGCCGCGCUACAUCCUGGCCGACGAGGCGCUCGUGCUGGUCAGCGAUGCGCUCGCCGAACUGCACGAGGUCGAGGACCCAUCGCAGUACUACUCGGGCGACGAGUACUACGACGACCUGUGCCUGGCGCACUUCCUCCGUGGUGUUUGCCUCAAAUUCAUUGCUUGCCCCGAAAAGCACUCCAAGGUCCGACCCAAGGAGUCGCCCAUCCCGGAGAAGGAGGCGGCGCAGCAGGCAGAGAUCAGCUUCAAGACGGUGCUCGAGCACGGUCACCAGUUGAAGCUGGAUCACUGGCUUGUGUACUUUGCGCACUACGAGCUCGGCAGGCUCUACGCCGGCACGGGCAGGACGAACGAGGCCAAGGAGCAGCUCAACUUGGUGCUCAGCCAGAAGAAUCUGGAGGACAGGGGAAGGAAGGGCAAGUACAGCUUGCAGAACAUGGUACACUUGAGGGCCAACGGUGCGCUCAAUGGUAUCGAUGGGAGUGGCAAGUGA